AUGGCAAGCGAGUUUAUCGGCCUCCACAUGGUGGUCACCCUGAAGGACCCCUCUGGGAUGCAGCUCAAGGGAACGAUAAGCGACAUUUCCAUAUCUGCUGGAGAGUCGGGACAACGGGCCAUCACUCUGAGUAAUGUAUUCGUCGUUGGCGGAAAGAACCAGUGGUAUCCCCGCAUCGAGGUGCACUCGGAUAAUAUUCACGACCUCGCCGAAGUGGGCCACGAUCAUCCGCCUUCCCCCGCUACGUUUACCGCUCCGAGCAUGAGUGGGGUAUCCGCACCGGUCUAUGUGCAACCGCCACAGGCUGUUCAACCAGUCUUCGAGGAUCCCGCCAUCCUAAGCGUCGGUUUGACGAAGCCCGACUCGACUCCGCAACAGAGUGAUGGGAACCCUGCUGCUGGGGGUAGCGCGAAUGAAUGGGAAUACCCGCCGGAAGUCGUUGGCCAACCGAUAAUUUCGGGUCUGAAUAUCGCCCCAACCCAGACCCCUGAGCUUCCCGCGGCUCUCGACGGCUUGAAUAUCAAUAGCCCCGCGUCGUUGAAUGUGACCGCCGUCGAACUCGAUGGGACUGCGCCGGAUAUGUCCUCCCAGGCGGGGAAGAAGAAGCGCCGUGAACGAAAGAGAGGAAACCCGAGGCAUAUCCGCGUACAAGAUACUGCGGGCCAGCUUGACAGUUCGCCUGCGGCAGGGGCCCCAGGCAACCGUGGAAAGGGCUGGAGGCAGACGCCGAUACUCGAAAGCACUGCUUCCUUCCAGCCGUUUACGGCACUAAAGCGCAAUGGAGGAAGGGGGAAGAAGGGUUUCGCCGAUAACGGGUGGGCUUCUGAAGAUGUCACGGAGGAGAUGGGCGAGUUUGAUUUCGAGGGCGGGCUGGCAAAAUUCGACAAGCGCACGCUGUUUGAUCAGAUGCGCAAGCAGGAUCAGAUUGACGAUUCACAGCGACUAAUCGCACACAACCGUCGACCGAAGCCGGGUACGGCUGGCGGAAAGAACCUGCACUACACCGAAAACGUUCUCGACUUGCCGUCUACCCUCUCUAAGCCUGCGAGUACGAAUGACUUUUGGAAUAGUGAGGCAGACGACGGCACGCACGGCGAUGAGAGGCAUCCAAGGAGCUCUCAAAAUAGCCGGCGGGCAGAUAGCAAAGUCGGGGUCGGACGCAGGUCUCAGUCUCGCAAGGCAUCUACUACAGGCCCUGCACAGCCAUUGAGUCGGGUUAACUCGGCUGCGCGGCAGCUAAGCGCGGGCGAUGGUCCAAAAUACCAGAUUUUACAAAGGCCGCAUACGCCUCUGCAGCAGGUACCCCAGCCAGGGCUAUACCUCGUCCCUUCGGAUCGACGUGUUGAGCCCGUCUCCGCUCUUCAAAUGCUCAACCUGGAGAACAUCGCCGCCAACGAGGUCGGACUCACCGAGGAUAUUAUGACGGAAAACGCUGGAAGGGGAAUUGCUGAAGUCGCCCUCACGGCCUUGAUGGAUCCUGCCAUCGGAGUACGGAUGGGUACAUCGGGACGGUCAACCCCGAUCAUCAACGUCGCGUCCCACGCAACGAUAAUCAUUCUCGCGGGAAACAACAAGUCGGGUAUAAGGGCUGUUGCGGCAGGGCGGCAUCUCCGCAGCAAAGGAGCGAACGUGGUCAUUUGCCUGGUGGGCAUCGAGCGUGAAAGGGAUCUCUUGGAAGAUAUGCGGCAACAAAUUCGGAUCUACCGCAACUUCGGGGGUCGAAUCUUUAGCAAGCAAGAGUUCUUUGAGCAUCUCCGCAAGCUGGCAUCAGGCAAUGCACCGGCCGAUGUCAGUUUAAUCAUCGACGCGCUCCUCGGUCUUACGAUCUCGUUCGAGGAACUUAGGACGGGAGACCAGGCGUCGGUCUACGAGUUGAUGGAAUGGGCCAACCGCAACGAGGCGUUCGUGCUCGCCAUUGACGUUCCGACCGGCAUCGAUCCGACAAGUGGCAAGGUCAAUGUCAUUGAUGGAAGCCGGCUUUUCAUCAAACCCCGGUACGUGGUAGCUAUGGGAGCACCGAAACGGGGCCUCCUGGAGGCGAUAUCGCCGGAUAACGAGGACGGGGUCAUGUCUGCCGUAGCCGGCCCCGAUGGCAUAGUCUUGACGGAUGACGACCCGUGGAAACUGUACAUUGCCGAUAUCGGCCUUGGGUCUGGAGUCUGGAAGAAGGCUGGCACCAAGAUGCGGCGUGGUAUUGACUUUGACGAUAAGUGGGUGCUGGAGAUGCGGUACCAGGGGGUCCUCGAAGACGAAGAGGACGAGUGA